AUGGCAAGCCUCACAGCAGCGGGACCUGGAAGUAGUGACGACACCUCUGAGGCAGACUGGAAGCACGCCGAGUCCACACCCAAGCCAGAGCCAACCGUCUAUCGCUACAUCGCAGAAGGCUCAGGAGGCACAUACACAUUCGCAGAUGGCGACAUCCAGUACAUCGGAACCAGGCGAUGGUCUCGACAGAUCAACUCUGAACAGGAGGCCGUAAUCAAGCAGAUCAUCAAAGCAAAGCUUGAUGCAGAGCAGGAGAGCUCGAAUUGA